CACGCCUUCUCUUCCGCAAUGGCAUCCAUCAGAAAUCACGCAGAACAACAUAAUGCAGACAUCUACAGGGACUACAAGAAAGAUAAGAAGGUUGGAGAGGGUGCUUAUGCCGUUGUAUAUGUUGGGCGACAACUAUCAACAAAGAAGGUAGUAGCUAUCAAAAAGAUCAAGAUUGGUCAGUUUAAAGAUGGGCUUGAUAUGAGUGCUAUUCGUGAGGUCAAGACCUUACAGGAACUGCGGCAUCCAAAUGUGAUUGAGCUGAUGGAAGUUUACUUUCACAAGACAAAUCUCAACCUUGUCCUUGAAUUCUUGGAAUCUGAUCUGGAGAUGAUCAUCAAAGAUAAAAGCAUCGUGUUCAUGCCGGGAGAUGUUAAGCACUGGAUGCUCAUGACUCUCCGUGGCCUUGACCACUGUCACAGAAAUUGGAUCCUUCAUAGGGAUAUGAAACCAAACAACUUGCUUUUGGGGCGAGAUGGACAGCUCAAACUUGCAGAUUUUGGUUUAGCUCGAGACUUUGGAGAUCGCAAUCGGCAAUUAACCGCACAAGUUGUCACCAGAUGGUAUCGAGCGCCAGAGCUACUUUUCGGUGCUAGGGAAUACGGAUACGGUGUAGAUAUUUGGGCUAUUGGGUGCAUUUUUGCUGAACUUUUGCUUCGAAACCCAUACUUACCUGGUAAUACCGAUAUGGAUCAGCUGGAUACGAUGUUCAGGGCAUUGGGAACUCCUACAGAAGCAGAUUGGCCUGGAAUGGAGUCCUUACCUAACUACAUUAAGUUUAAACAAUAUCCAAAAACGCCUCUUAGGCUUUUAUUCACAGCGGCAGGAGCGGAUACACUUGAACUCUUAGAAAGCAUGUUAAUUUAUGAUCCUAACCGCCGUAUAUCAGCACGAGAAGCACUGCUUCAUCCUUACUUCUUCAACAAGCCAAGGCCAACACCCUUGGAAAAUUUACCCAAACAUGUACGUGAGACCCCAGAAGCAGCUAAACUCAAGCGAAAAGCAGAAGCUCUCGACGCAUAUGAUUUAACAUCAGAAGAUGGCAAGAGACUCGCUCGCCGGCUUGAUUUUACAGGCAUGUCAUAGGUUAGUUGUCAUAGAACUGCCUUUAAAUAACAAAUGCCUUUAAAUAACAAAUGCCUCUAAAUUGCCGUGGUGAGUUUUUGUGUGGCUGAACGCGUGGCGGAGCGUUGAUUCCAAAAUGAAG